AUGAUCGAAGCUGACCCGACAUUUAUCGACGAAAUUGAUCAGGUGCUUUAUGGUUCUCAAAGUAAGAACAAAUAUGAUCAACUAUAUUGUAUACUCAACAAAUAUAUACACGGCUAUGCUGCCAAAGUCGUGCUUGGAAGUUAUCAAGUUCGUGUACAGCACAAACAAAUGGGUGAAAUAUACGAUACAGACGGAUUAGAUCAACAAAUAAGAACCAAUAUCAAAGCAAACUACAAUGAAGUGGGAGCCAGUGUUGGUCUGGAACGAAAUAAAAAAAAGGCACGAGCAAGACGGAAAAUCAAUAAUAACACGCUUAUUGAUCGUUCAACAACAGGUGGUGAUGCUCUCACAAAUGAUCUGAAUGAAUGGCUUGAAGCAUUAAAAAAUACAAAUACAUGA